AUGUGUAAAAAAGGCGAAAGAAGUGAGCAGAAUUGCCGUUUGUGUCUUUGUAGCAAUGAAAAUGUCAAAAAUCUCAUAGAAGAUACCGAUUUUAGUACAAAACUGACAAAUAUUUUUCCUAAAAUUGAGAUUUCAUCAGAAAAUGGUCUCUCAACAUUCGUUUGUGACUUUUGCUACGACACAAUUGCCCAAUUUUACGGAUAUUUCAAGGCUGUGAAUGCAAAUCAAGAUGAACUCAUGAAAAUUCAAGUCGAUGUUCACAAGGAAAUAAUUUUUCCCGAAGCUAUGGAGUCAACUGAGUCAUCUGAAGUCGAAGAAGAACAAGAUUCGUUAGAAAUUGAAGGCGAUACUGAUGUCACGGAAGAAAUUCAAGAUGCCCAAAUGGGUGAAAAAUUAAACGAAAGUCUCACUGAAGAAGAAAAUCCCAAAACUGUCUUAACGUACUUUGAUCUAGUCAAUUUGCCACUUAAUUUUACAACUUCUUACUUGUGUCCUUGCCCGGUUUGCUCGGAAAAAUUCGAUACAGUAGCUUUAGUACAAAAACACGUCUUUCUCGAACACAUGCAUGACACUCCGGCAUCGGAAAAACUCGAAAGGACCAAAGCUGUUUCGAAAAACUUGGAGAGCGAAUGCGAUAUUUGUCAUGAAAGGAAGCUUUUUAAACAUCGUUCGAGCUUUUCUGAUCAUAAAUUUGUUCAUUAUGACAUUAAACCGUACCGUUGUCACAAAUGCGGUGAGAAAUUUCAUACAAAAGAGUCCUUAAAAGUUCAUAUUCGGAAGCAUAUCGAAGAAUCGCGACGUCUGGGAUGCUUCUACUGCUCGAAAAACUUCGUUGCUGUCGUUUACAGAAACAAUCAUGUGAGAAAUUGCCAUCAAAGCAAGAUGAUCAAGUGUCAUUUUUGUGGAGAAUUACUUAUUAACAAGAAAAUCGCCAUGAGUCACUUGAAACAUCACUCAAUCCAAGCGAAAUAUCCUUUCAAAUGCGAUCUUUGCGUUGGAGGAAUCAAAUUUCCCACUGCUCAAGUCUACGAUUUGCACCGAAUUCGUCAUAAAAUGGAAGAAAAGUCCCGAAAAAGACAUGCUUGUAAUUUGUGUGAACGUCGUUUUAGCACAGAAAUCGGACUUUUAACACAUUUGGAGAACCACACAGCAGGAAGAAUUUCCGCAUGUCGCAUUUGUGGCAAAAGCGAAACUCUUUUCGAGGGACGAAAACUUUCGCAACACGCGAAAAAGCAUCUUGUUGAGGAAAAAGUUGAUAUAAAAUGCGAAAAAUGUGAUUUGGAGUUUCCAACAAAAGUAGCUCUGUCAAAUCAUGUGAGGGCAGUUCACGAGAGGAAAGAGAAAAAAUGUCCAAAUUGUGGGAAAAUUUGUGCGGAUUUUACGUUGAAACGACAUUUGAGACAUUGUUCCUCGGGAGAGUUGCCGUGUAAACGAUGCGAUAUGGUAUUUACGAAAGAAGCAGAUCGCAGGAGACACAAUCAGGAAGUGCAUGUAGGGAUUAGAUGUCUGCGAUGUAAUGUUCAGUUUGAGAAAAAAAUUGAAUUGAUGUUGCACCAAAAGUACGACAAAGAGCACCUGAAAACAAAGAAACCAAAGAUUAAUAAAAAGACCAAAGAAAAUGAUAUUUAA